AACAUGGAGGACUCGAUCGUGCGCAUAUUUCAGUCUCACAAAAUAACAUAGGCCUAUACAAAUCCCACGCAGUAUUAUGUGCGUCAAUGCAACAUUAAAGAAUUAAUAUUAAUAUAUGAUAUGCACAAUUACAAAGUCAGCUCGUUAACUAAUGGCAUGGCUUUCUUUUGCCUGUCAAGAGUAUAUGAUGCGUUUAUGAUAACGUAACGGCUUGUUCACGCAGCUUUGACUCUUUUGAGCACUUCUCCGCCUUUUGCGUCACAUGACAUUACUCAUGGUGCAUUUAUCGGUCAUGGGAAAUGUAACGGUUAACCGAGAAACUAGAAUGGACAACUAUUUAAAUAUCCUCUGUUAGGACACAGCGACUACUUAUUCGUUAUAAAGCACGCUGUUUGAUCUACUACCGCCACAUGGGCGUUUCAGGUUAUCGGAGACAUCUUGAUCUUUCAAACUUAGACCAACUCGCCAGUUUUACGAUACACCCUGAACGCAGCGUGACACAACAUUGAAGAUGGCGUGUUGCGGGAACUGUUUUUGUUGCCAAUGUUGCUGCAGAGAAGGAGAGACGCGGACGCCUGAGGAACUGACCAUCCUCGGGGAAUUCCGAGAUGAAGAAGAUGAGAUCCUUCCCCGGAAAGAUUAUGAGAGCUUGGACUACGACCGCUGCAUCAACGAGCCCUAUGUGGAGGUUCUGGAGAGGACGGACAACCAGAAAGCCAAAAAGUAUGAAGCAGUCCGGUGGAUGAUGAUGUUCGCCAUCGGAGUCACAGUGGGCCUGGUGGGCCUGUUCGUGGACUUCUUUGUGCGCCUCUUCAACAAGAUCAAAUUCUCUGUGGUUGGAGAUUCUGUGGAGCAGUGCAGUACCUCCAGCUGCCUCCCGGUGUCUCUGCUGGAGCUGCUGGCCUUCAACAUGACCUUCGUCUUCAUCGCCAGCAUGCUGGUCCUCAUCGAGCCGGUCGCGGCCGGUUCGGGGAUCCCGGAGAUCAAAAGUUAUCUGAACGGAGUGAAGAUUCCUGGAAUCGUCCGUCUGAGAACGUUCCUGUGCAAAGCUGCUGGAGUCCUGUUCAGUGUGGCUGGAGGUCUGUUCGUGGGAAAAGAAGGUCCGAUGAUCCACUGUGGAGCCAUCGUGGGAGCUGGUCUUCCUCAGUUUCAGAGCAUCUCUUUCCAGAGGCUCUCGUUUGACUUCCCGUUCUUCCGCAGCGACAGGGACAAGAGGGACUUCGUGUCGGCCGGCGCCGCUGCCGGAGUCGCCGCCGCCUUCGGGGCCCCGAUCGGAGGAACCCUGUUCAGCCUGGAGGAGGGCUCCUCCUUCUGGAACCAGGCCCUCACCUGGAAAGUGCUCUUCUGCUCCAUGUCGGCCACCUUCACGCUCAACUUCUUCCGCUCCGGGAUCAACUUCCGCCAGUGGGGCUCCUUCCAGCUGCCGGGCCUGCUGGACUUCGGAGAGUUCAAGUGCUCAGAUGGAGAUAAGAAGUGCCACCUGUGGACCGUGGUGGACCUGGCCUUCUUCGUGCUGAUGGGGGUGGUGGGCGGCCUGCUGGGGGCGCUCUUCAACUGCAUGAACAAGAUCCUGGCCAAGCUCCGCAUCAAGCACCUCCACCCCAAGGCCAAGAUCAUCAGAGUUCUGGAGAGCCUGCUGGUUGCCAUGGUGACGACCGUGGUGAUAUUCGCUGCGUCCAUCCUGUUGGGCGAGUGUCGUGACUUGUCCUCGCCCGCCACCCCAAACACCACGCGGUCCGGCGGUGAGCACGGCGUGCGGCGCUUCUCCUGUCCCAACCAGACGUCCAACGACAUGGCCACGCUGCUCUUCAACCCGCAGGAGGCGGCCAUCCACCAGCUGUUCCACCAGCACGGAAGCUUCAGCCCGGUGACCCUGGCCGUCUUCUUCCUGCUCUACUUCCUGUUGGCGUGCUGGACCUACGGCGUCUCCGUGCCCAGCGGCCUCUUCGUGCCCUCCCUCCUCUGCGGGGCGGCGUUCGGACGUCUGGUCGCCAACAUCCUCAAAGUGGAACUGGGGAUGGACAUCUACUCGGGCACCUUCGCUCUGAUUGGAGCAGCUGCCUUCCUGGGGGGCGUGGUCAGAAUGACCAUCAGCCUGACCGUCAUCCUCAUUGAAUCCACCAACGAGAUCACAUACGGGCUGCCCAUCAUGAUCACGCUCAUGGUGGCCAAGUGGACCGGAGACCUGUUCAACAGAGGCAUCUACGACCUCCACGUCCAGCUGAGAGGAGUCCCGCUGCUGGAGUGGGAGACGGAGGUGGAGAUGGACAGGCUGACGGCCAGUGACAUCAUGGAGCCCAACCUGACCUAUGUGUACCCUCACACCCGGAUCCAGUCCCUGGUCAGCAUCCUGCGCACCACGGUGCACCACGCCUUCCCCGUGGUCACCGAGAACCGGCAGAACCAACGCGACUUCAUGAAGGGGAACAUCCUGGUCAGCAACAACGUGCACUUCAAGAAGUCCAGCGUGGUGUCCCGGGCCGGCGAGCAGCGGCGCCGCUGCCAGUCCAUGAAGUCGUACCCGUCCAGCGAGCUGAGGAACGUCUGUGACGAGCAGAACGCGGCGCUGGAGCCGGCGGAGGAGGGAGAGGACCUGCUGCAGCAGAUGUUAGAGAGGAGACACGCCCCCUACCCGAACCUGAACCCAGACCAGUCCCCCAGUGAGGACUGGACCCUGGAGGAGCGCUUCAGGCCGCUGGCCUUCCACGGACUCAUCCUGAGGUCACAGCUGGUGACCCUGCUCAUCAGAGGGGUCUGCUACUCCGAGAGCCAGUCGAGCUCCUCGCAGCCCCGGUUGUCCUAUGCAGAGAUGACUGAGGACUACCCCCGGUACCCUGACAUCCACGACCUGGACCUGGGGCUGCUCAACCCCCGCAUGAUAGUGGACGUCGCCCCCUACAUGAACCCCUGUCCCUACACCGUGUCGCCCAGCAGCCACGUCUCCCAGGUGUUCAACCUGUUCAGGACCAUGGGGCUGAGGCACCUCCCCGUGGUCAACGGCGUGGGAGAGAUCGUUGGAAUCAUCACGAGGCAUAAUUUAACCCACGAGUUCCUUGUGGCCAAACUGCGGCAGCACAGCGUCACUAUUUAACCCGACUGGACCUUCCAGCCCAGACUGUUGAGCCCGCUCCUGGUUCUGGUCCCGAUCCUGAGCCUCUGUCUCUGUCCAUUCCUAAAAGCUAGCACACAUUCUCUGCAUCAGGGAACCCGGUUCUGUUGCAUUUCAAGUCUUCUGUCUUCACAGUUGAGGAACCUUUAGUGGCAGAACUGGGUUCACACACUGGGACACUUUCACAGAACCAGAUUAGUUCAGAAGGUUCUACUCGUCACAGAGAUCCCCAAACGACCCGGAUGACUCUUCAUGAGCAUCGAGAGGACUGAUGGCACGACGCCUCAUGAGCACGCAGCAGAGUCACAGGGAAUGUUAGCUCCUCCCACCAGGGUGUGAAUGAUAGUUAGCUCCUCCCAUCAGGAUGUGAAUGAUAGUUAGCUCCUCCCAUCAGGGUGUGAAUGAUAGAUAGCUCCACCCACCAGUGUGAAUAUGUGUUGGCUCCUCCCACCAUGGUGUGAAUGAUAGUUAGCUCCUCCCACCAGGAUGUGAAUGAUAGUUAGCUCCUCCCACCAGGGUGUGAAUGAUAGUUAGCUCCACCCACCAGUGUGAAUAUAUGUUGGCUCCUCCCAUCAGGGUGUGAAUGAUAGUUAGCUCCUCCCAUCAGGGUGUGAAUGAUAGUUAGCUCCUCCCAUCAGGAUGUGAAUGAUAGUUAGCUCCUCCCAUCAGGGUGUGAAUGAUAGUUAGCUCCUCCCAUCAGGGUGUGAAUGAUAGUUAGCUCCUCCCAUCAGUGUGAAUGAUGUCAUGAGGUGUUAAAGAGCUUUGAUUGGUUAGAGGACCAGCACAGGUCCAGUAAGUGUACCAUUUUUAGCGAGUAAGAAACGGGAACAUAAUUAUAUAGACUCGCCCCGAGCAGGGGGACCGGACUCUGGGGGGGGAGGUCCUCAUCUCGCCCCGAGCAGGGGGACCGGACUCUGGGGGGGGAGGUCCUCAUCUCGCCCCGAGCAGGGGGACCGGACUCUGGGGGGGAGGUCCUCAUCAGAUGACCACGUUGGAUACGACACGUUAGUCCUGGUCCGGUGUCCUGGGUCUUCAGGGCCUUAAAGGCUCUUCAGGGACUAGAGGGUCUUCAGGGCCCUAAAGGCUCUUCAGGGCCUAGAGGCUCUUCAGGGCCUAGAGGCUCUUCAUGGACUAGAGGCUCUUCAGGGCCUAGAGGCUCUUCAUGGACUAGAGGGUCUUCAGGGACUAAAGGGACUAAAACACUGGGACGAAGGCCAGUACGAGGAAGUGGAAGCCUGUUGUUUUAUUAUCAUUCUGAUUAUUGGACCACGAUGCCCAUCAAACAUUCCUCGUGUGGUUCAUGUUUCUGCUUCAUGUUAAUAAGAGAUUAUUUUGUAUACGAUGUGUUGCUAAGCAACGUGUGUCACAGGACGUCUGAGACGUCUCCUGUGCUUUAUUGUUUAAUAAAGCUCCUUCAUAAGUGUC